UUUUAUUUAAGUACAUUUCAGCAUUGGUGGUCUUCCAUGAACCUUUUGUAAGCACGCGGACAACAUGCAAUCUCCACGCAGGAUUCAAACUCGCAACUUCUGAAGUGCGAGGCGUUGUGAUACAGUAACCAUUCGCACCGCCCCACUUACCCCCCCGAAGCCAUUUCCUUCUUCCACUUGCAGUUUCCACGGGGUUGUCUGACGCGCGGGGAGCCUGGGGAGCCGAGCUCUCUGUCCUUAUAUGGGCAUCUACGUCACGCCAAGGUUCCAGCCCACUAUUAAUGCCGCCACACUGAAGUCUCCCAGCCAGCUCCAAUAGAGCAAGUACACCCGCCACCACUCAUUUUUUUGCACAGUCCACACUGGAACCACAAGCAGCCCACAAAAGGUAUCCACGCCGGUCCCGAGUCAUAACACAGUAGUCGCCGGGGCACACGGAAGUGGCGACGCCUCUGGAAGGAGAUAAACAAAACGACAACAAAAACUUCGAAAGGCACCAGGAGCCGCUGCCGCCGCCGGACCCCGACUCCUCGCAACUGACUCCCGGAGGGGGAUAUACGGGCACGACGGUCCCCCCUCCUCUCACCCAUGCCGGAGUGACUCGCAGUGCUAUGACCGGGAAAGUGGCGGAGAAGCUUCCUCUUACCAUGAGCAGUUUAAUAAACAACAUCCCCGACAGCCUGUACCCCGAAGAGGACGUCCCCACGUCGAUGAACAUUUUCACGAACACGGAAUCUAUUAACCACUACUCGCAGAUGAACACGGACAAUAUCAUGGAUAUCGGCAUGGGAAGCGAGAAAGCCGGUGCGGAGAUUCAGUACGGGUCCAGCUUCCAGUCCAACCGGAGUGGGCAGACCGUCACCUAUUUGGGCAAGUUCGCCUUUGACACGCCUCCCUCGGGCGGCAUCGGCGGCUCGGGCUGGUGCUCCGACAACAACAUCAUCAGCCUGGUCAGCGCGGGGAUCCUGGGCGUCUCUCCAUCGCCCGGCACGGUGAGCGCCCAGACGCCGUCCUCGGCGGCCAGCAUGGGAGGACAGAACUCGGACAUGGAGCAGGUUUACGGCCCGCCGCUGCCCGCCUACUCCACGUGCGGUGAGCUGUACCAGGACCAGGUGUCCUUCCACCACAGUCCCGCCACCAGCACGGCUCUGGCGUACCCCGCCAAUGACUAUCACUCCACGUCCAAAGCCUCCAUGGACGGCAGCCUUUUCUCCAUGAUCCCCGACUACAACCUCUUCCAUCACCAGGGGGAAGUCGGCGUGAUGGAGCACAAGCCCUUUCAGACUAUGGACCCCAUCCGGGUCAACCCUCCGCCCAUCACUCCUCUGGAAACCAUCCGAGCGUUCAAAGACAAGCAACAGAUCCACCCGGGUUUCAUCGGCGGGCAGCAGCACGCCCCCUCUCACCACCCUCCCCCGCAGACUCUGACGCUCAAGCCCAUCCGACCGCGGAAGUACCCCAACCGGCCCAGCAAAACGCCCGUCCACGAACGGCCGCACGCCUGCCCGGCGGAGAACUGCGACCGUCGCUUCUCGCGCUCGGACGAGCUGACGCGCCACCUGCGCAUCCACACGGGCCACAAGCCCUUCCAGUGCCGAAUAUGCAUGCGCUCCUUCAGCCGCAGCGACCACCUGACCACGCACAUCCGCACGCACACCGGCGAGAAGCCCUUCUCCUGCGAGUUCUGCGGCCGCAAGUUCGCCCGCAGCGACGAGCGGAAGAGACACGCUAAGGUUCACCUGAAACAGAAGGACAAGAAACCCUCCGACAAAGGCAACGGCGUGGUCGGGAGCCACAGUUCUCCGCCGAGCGCCUGCGGGGGGCCCACCAUGGGGCCCUCGUGACCAUCACUACCCGCACACGGACUGGAGUCUGACCCCAACGCGGACUCGGGACGAUGGGGCCGCGUCCAGGAGAAGAAAAGCAACAGGUGACUCUUCCUCUCGCUCACAUCCUCUCCUCACUCCCGUCCGUCUGGUUUGAGAUGGAAGCUGUUGGUCCGAGCAAAAGGGGGGUGGGGGGCUACCGUGCCGACGUAAGAGAAUCUUAGUACAUUCCGCCCAAAAGGCUAUUGUGCAUCAACGCUGGCUUUGCCCUGGUUCCACUUUUGUACAUUUCUUAACUGAGAGCAAGCCAAAAUCUAUCACAACCAUCCGAGUAAAUAAUAAGAGAGGAGCAAAGCGAAAGGGUGAGUUGUCUGAGAUGUAUGCAUUCAUUUUACUAGGCUGUUGAAAAGUGCAAUUUGGUUGUGUUUGUGUACUGUCAUGGACACCGAAUUAGUGGCACUUGUCUCUUUUUUUUUUUUUUUUUUGUUAACGUGUAGUGUUUUUUUUUUA